AUGUCGAACUCCAACGUCAACGUUAGUUUUGCUUGCCAGCGGUGUUUCGAACCAAUCCGUUUGGACAGCUCAUUCAACAGCAUCAGUGAACACACCAUUGCUGAAUUGUCAUUGCCAAUCGUCACAUGUCCAGAAGUUGAUCUUGAGUCUCAGGCAAAACACAUUGAUCAUAUGAUACCCGGUUUUCACUUGAACGAUUCGUCCAGUGGAAAUAAUGGUUUCACAUUGUUGGGCGAAGGGGAAACGCCGACUCUUAGCCAUCAAAUGAAGGUGGCAGCCAACCUUUUUGAUAUUGUGUCUGGAAAUUCAAAGAUAAAUCAUCCCCUGUGCGAUGAGUGCACCGAUGUAUUGAUGGACAUGAUGGAAGAGGAGCUACAACAGGCCGAAGCGGACUACGUAGAUUACAGCAAUUACUUGAAAGAACUUUCUACAGAAGAACCAGAAGACAUGGAUGCACUGAAUAAAGAGUUGGAAGACUUGUUGAAAGAAGAGAAAAAGUUAAUGGGUGAACUAGCAAACUUGCAAGACACUGAAAAUGCAUUAGAUUGUGAUAUAAAGGAAGCAGAGAAAGAAAAAGAAAGAUUAAUUAAAGAAGAGGAGCGGUAUUGGAAAGAAUACAGUAAACACCGAAGGGAUUGUAUCCUCAUAGAAGAUAACACACAAAAAGGUUUGGUUUUUGUAAUAAUAUAA